AUGCCACGCUCCGCUGUGCUCUUCCCGCUGCUGCUUCUGCUGCUGCCGCCGCUGGCCUCGAGCCUUGGGCUCCUCGGCGCGGGCGGCCGGCGCCCCGAGUGCAGUCCGUGCCGGCCGGAGCGCUGUCCAGAGCCCGCGCGCUGCCCCGCGCCCGGGAUCCCCGCGCGCGACGAGUGCGGCUGCUGCGCGCGCUGCCUGGGUGCCGAGGGCGCGAGCUGCGGGGGCCGAGCUGGCGCGCGCUGCGGCCCGGAGCUGGUGUGCGCGAGCCGCGCCGCGGGGGUGGCGCCCGAAGGCACCGGGCUCUGCGUGUGCGCGCAGCGCGGCGCCGUCUGCGGCUCCGACGGCCGCUCUUACCCCAGCGUCUGCGCACUGCGCCUGCGCGCCCGGCACGCGCCCCGUGGGCAACCGGGCCACCUGCACAAGGUGCGCGACGGCCCCUGCGAAUUUGCUCCUGUGGUCAUCAUUCCACCCCGAAGUGUUCACAACGUCACUGGGGCACAGGUGUACCUGUUAUGUGAGGUGAGGGCUGUGCCUCCCCCUGUCGUCACGUGGAGGAAGGUUACACAGUCUCCUGAGGGCACCCAGGUGCUGGAAGACCUGCCUGGGGGACACGUCAAUAUCGCUGUCCAGGUGCGAGGGGGUCCUUCUGACCAUGAGGCCACAGCCUGGAUUUUGAUCAACCCUCUGAGGAAGGAAGACGAGGGAGUGUAUCAGUGCCACUCGGCCAAUGCGGUGGGGGAGGCCCAGUCCCACAGCAAGGUGACGGUCAGCCAUCUGAGUCCGGACGAAGCCCCUCGCUUCCCAGCUCUGGGUGACCGCAUGUGA